AUGUCACCACUUGGUGUUUUGGGCCGCAUUGCAGUAGCCAACAUUUCUUCUUCCAGAACGGCUUCGCAGCGACUCUUUACACUUUCCAGACAGUUCUCUUCCACAGCCCGCAUCAUGGCUCCCAUAUCGAAAGAGACCGACUACCUCGUCAUUGGCGGUGGAAGCGGUGGUUUGGCCUCGGCGCGCAUGGCCGCUGGCAAGUUUGGCACCAAGGCCAUGAUAAUAGAGGGCAGCCGGUUAGGUGGUACUUGUGUCAACGUUGGUUGCGUACCAAAAAAGGUCACUUUCAACGCCGCCGCCAUUGCCGAAGCGAUCCACGAUUCGAAAGCCUAUGGCUUCUCCGUCGAAGAGAAGAAGCCCUUUGAUUUCACCUCCUUCAAGCACAAGCGAGACGCCUACAUCAAGCGCCUCAACGGCAUCUACGAGAGGAAUCUCAAGAACGACAAUGUCGAGUACGUAGCAGGCUGGGCCAAGCUCAUCAGCAGGAACGAGGUCGAGGUCACCAUGAACGACGGAACCAAGGAGACUGUCCGGGCCAAGAAGAUCCUCAUCGCCGUCGGCGGUAACCCCACCCCACCUCCCUCCAACAUUGAGGGCUCCGAGCUCGGUAUCAACAGCGAUGGCUUCUUCGACAUUGAUUCCCUGCCCAAGAAGGUCGCACUUGUCGGUGGCGGCUACAUUGCCGUUGAGUUUGCUGGCAUGUUCAACGCGCUCGGCACGGAGACCCAUCUGUUCAUUCGCCACGAGCACUUCCUGCGCACUUUUGACCCUCUGAUCCAGGAGGGUGUGACGAACGAGUACGAGCGCUUGGGUGUCAAGCUGCACAAGAACUCGACCCAAAGCAAGAUUGAGAAAGAUGCCGAUGGCAAGCUCACAAUUCACUACAAGGACAGCAACGGCGAGGGUAAGCUCGAGGGUGUCGACCACCUGAUCUGGGCUAUCGGCCGCACACCCGCAACCAAGGAUCUUGGUCUGGACAAGGCCGGCGUCAAGUAUGACGAGAAGGGCCACAUUGCCGCCGAUGACUACCAGAACACCAACGUCGAGAACAUCUAUGCCCUCGGCGAUGUGUGCGGCAAAGCCGAGUUGACCCCCGUUGCUAUUGCUGCCGGCCGACGUCUGGCUGAGCGCCUCUUUGGCCCAGAGCAGUUCCGCACCGCGCGCCUGGACUACAGCAACAUCCCCUCGGUGGUGUUUGCCCACCCCGAGGUUGGAUCAAUCGGUCUGACCCAACCCCAGGCUGAGGAGCAAUAUGGCAAGGAGAACCUCAAGGUUUACACUACCAACUUUACCGCCAUGUACUACGCGAUGAUGGACCCAGAAGAGAAGGGUCCUACCAAGUACAAGCUCAUUUGUGCUGGUCCCGAGGAGAAGGUUGUCGGUCUGCACAUUAUGGGUCUCGGCUCCGGCGAGAUGCUGCAGGGCUUCGGUGUCGCAAUGAAGAUGGGUGCCACGAAGAAGGACUUUGACUCUUGCGUUGCUAUCCACCCUACCAGCGCCGAAGAGUUGGUUACCCUGAAGUAG